AUGAUAGAUCUCGAUUUUGAGAGAAAUGGUGAGCAACUCAUUUCAAAAUUGAAUCAAAUGUUAAAAUAAAUUGGAGAGGAGUAGCAAAGAGAUGGAUCAUAUAAUCCAAAGUUAAUUGAAAAAUUUUUGAAAAAUACAAAACUAAGUGAGAAUGAGUUUGAAGGCUAAUUUGGAAAAUCUAAUGGAGUUCUUUUGAGAAAUAUCCUUUUAAAUUGGGCGAUAAAGAGCGAGAAAUAAUUCAUAAAUGACACUAAUUGUACAGAGCUUUCAAUAAAAGAUUUAGCAAGAGAACUAAAUAUUGAUAAAUGGUUUUAUGAAUUAUUUGUAUAGCUUAAGACUAAAAGUUAUUUUGAAGAUUACCUCUUUUAUGUCUUAGAGAUUACAGAAGCAUUAAAUGAUAUAAAAUAAAUUGGAAAUAAUUCUAAUUUAUCAAAUUAGUUUGAUUUUACAGAAUUACAAAAUACUAUAUUUAAAUAUGAAUAGUCCAUACAUAAAUCCUUAUUUCCUUAAUUAUCAACUCGUUAUAAUGAUAAAGACAAUAUCAUUUAAAUUUUAAAUUCAUCUUAUCAAAAUAUAAUAGAAGACAUUAUUUAUUAAAGUUAAGUAGUUAUAAAAAACUUUUACAAGAAUUUUAUCCCGCUCUAAAAGAUUGAAGAAUGUAAAUUUUACAGGUAAGGGCUCAACAUUUUAGAUGAGUUUAUUGUCAAGAGUUAAAUUAGUAUCUAAAAUCCUAACAAUUUAAUUAAAUCAAAACUAGGUGAUUUUCUAGAAGAUGAAAUACUAAAGGAGUUAAGAAAAAAUAUUCAUAAAUACCAUAAAAAAAUAGCAAGGUCGUUAUUCUAUGAUGGAGUUGAUAUUUAUUGA